UGUUUCGCAGGGAAACAUAGGGAAUUAUGAGAAAUAUUUCGUCAAAUUGUUGUUUUUAUGAGCCUGGCUGCCGAGCCUGUAAGACAAAAGUCAGGUUAAAGUUGAACAUGUUUGGGUUAAAGUGGGCGGAUGUAGUCUGUAAGUCACAACUCGGGGUUUAAGUGAGUACACGGUGUCGCUGCAUUGUUAGCGUUCCAACUCAGUUCUCGUAUUUUGGCGAAAUAGUAUUCGCUGGUAUUAUACGUAGACAAUGGCGAACCUUACUUAUUUGUCGUUGCCGCAUUGGGACGGAGGCUCGAGGAAAAUUCGUUACAUUUAUUUGGUUAACGAGUCGAAUUUUAUACUCACAGAGGGUCCCAAAAAGGGUUCACUUGCAUCGGUUCCGCUCUUUCUUGGUGCUGACCUCUUGGCCAACACGGACAUCCGUGCCGAGAACCAUCCCAGGUAUCACGCCAAGUUCGCCAGGAAAGGCCUGGCCACCAAAAUCCACUUCUCUGCAGGUAAACCUGACAAGAAAGUAUCAAAUCCCAGCAGGUAUGGUGACAUCAGGCCGCUUGUGUGGGGUUUGUCAGGCUUAAGGUUCCGCGGGUUGAAGGUGGCGCCAUCCAACAACGGCUUGUGGUUCUACACCAUUCACGGGCUUUUCCGCGUGGCCUUUGAGAUAUACGCCAAGCGAGAGCAGCUGGCAGUGCUCAACAACUUCCAGGAUCUGUGGAAAUCUCAGAUGAACGACAGCCCAUUGAAGACCAGUUACAGCCUAAGUUCGCAGUUGGACCGAUCGGACACCGGGAGUGAAGUGCUUGAUGACCAAUCACCGGAGCAGCUGGAGAACAGAAGCAGAGACAUGUCAUCAGAUCACUGUUAUUCCACGCAGCAGCGCUCUCAAAGCUUAUCCACACUUGAGAAUAAGCUCCAGAGCCUAAGUGACAAACUAGCCACCAAAAACUUCACGGAGCAUCAUCUGGAGCCAGCCCUGCUCCACCUGGAGCACGCUGAGCGCUGCCUGGGCGGUACAGUGGAGGAGCGGGAUGCAGCGGAGAUGGCGCUCGCCAGGUGGCUGGGCUCCCGGUUUGCCGUGGCCCACGCCGAUAUCAGCCGGCGAGUGGAGGCCUUCAAGGAGCGCCACAUCCAGAGGAUCGGAGAGCUGCCGCCAGCCGAGGAGCUGGCCGCACAGCUUUUCCCGGACUCCAUGAGGACGCUGCUGCUGAACUGGAUGGGGCUGAGUCGGGACGAGGACCAGGCCAAGAGGCAAAGCGAGUACCCCAUCCUGCUUCUCAUCCUGGAGUUCGCCAAUCAUAACCUCAUCACUGGGGUGGCACACGUUCUCUACUCCACUCUCAUCUGCAAAUAGAUUCCCUCGUUGGACUGAAAAGGGGUGGAAAAUGUCCAGUAAAUGUUUAUAUAUUUUUUGGUACAUUUCAGUGCGAUUUAAGGCAAUAUUCUAAAUUUGAAACUUUCCAUGGGAAUCAACAAGCUUCUGUCCAUCAUGGACAAUCCACAGCAUCCACUGCACAGCACCAUCUCUAGCCAGUGGAGCAGCUUCAGUGACAGACUGCUGUCACUACCCUUCUCCACUGACAGACUGGGGAAAUCUCUUUCCUCGCCCCAUGUCAUGUGGCUUCCACCCUGGAGGGAAAAAGUAAUAUCACCUUACCUUAACUCUGUGGUGUACUGUCAUAAUCUUGCACACUGAUCACCAUACACUUUAUUCUGGACAUUCACACCACACUGGAAGUAUGACUGUCUUUUCUUCAUUUCUUUUUAUUUCUGUCUAUCCAUCCAUUGUCCCAUGAUGUAACAAGACAAGCCGGGAGACAUACUCUCUCCAGCAUGUCCUGGGUCAUCCCCAGACCCUCCUUUCAGUGGGAUGUGCCCGGAAUACUUCGAGGCAUCCUAACUGGAUGCCCGAGCCACCUCAUCUGGUUCCUUUCGAUGCAGAGGAACAGUGGCUCAACUCUGAGCCCCUUUCAGAUGAUCAAGCUUCUCAGCCUUACUGUAUAUUAUUCUUGUAUCUUAAAAAAAACUUGUGGAUGAAGUAUCCAACUGGGAAUUGAGGAUAAAGUGUCAUAUAAAAGCAUAAAUAUAAACAUUGUUUUAACUGCCAUCAAGUGUCAUUUAUUUUUGUUUGUUGAAACAUUUUUGUCAUUUUAUUAAAAAUAAAAUCAUUACAGUAUUUUUGGUAGAACUAUUCUUGUGGGUUAUGAAUGCUGGAACGGGGGAAUGUUUAGUCUGCACACACCUACUGAAGGUAGAAGUCAUCAUUCAGAAAGGUAGAGAUACAGCAGAUGGUUUUUAAUAUUUUCUUGAGAUAUUUUGUUACCAAAGAUUUUUGGAGUCAUUCCCUGUUGAUGUGCAGCUAGCAAAGUAUGUCCUUGUUUAUUGAUCAUUGUAUAUUGUGACGUCUGAAGGCAUAAAUAAACUAAAUUCAUC